AAAUAUUACAUUAUUUUAUAAUAUUUAGACAUUAAAUUUCAAGGUAUUAGCAUACAUAAAUACACACAUAAUUUUAAAAGAGCUGAAGUAAAUAACCUCGUUCUAUUGUUUUUGGAUAGCGGAAGGAAUUAUUUUCAGACAACUUAGUUUUACGAGAAGGAAUAUUCCCAAAAAGUUGCAAUUUUAUUCAUGAAGUAGUCAUUCAAGACAUCAAAUCAUCUUAAAGAUUAUACUUCAGCUCAAUUAUAGCAAGCAUUAUAAUUAUCAAAGAUUUCUGAAAAGAAUUAAUAAAAUAUGUUUUCUGUUUCAAAUUCAAACUAAGAAAAUAAAUAAUAAGAGAAGGCUUUAGCAAAGAAAAAAAUAAAUUAAAGCAAAUGUUCUCCAAAAGAAGAUACUAUUACUCAUUGCAGUUGUUGUCCAUUUUAUAACUAGAGCAAAUAGCGUAAAUUAUUUGAUAAAAUUACUAAAUAGAUUAUAUUUAUGGAAGACGACUUUGAUACUUAUUAGUUGCACAAAUUAAAAUAAAAUGAACAAAACAGCAAAUUAAGUGAUACUAAAAACCAAAAUGAAGGUCUCUACUUUUCAAAAAGCGAAUUGGAAGCUAUUAACCAAGGACCUUUGCCAAAAAAAACUAAUCAAUAGGCAAAAUUAAAUAAUGAUAAUUUUUAACAAUAAUAUAAUACCUCGUAGUCUCAGUCUUAAUAACAGUAAUAUAACCCUUUUCAUCAAAAUAGAUAUUAAGGAGAAGAUGAUGAUAUGCUAUAGAAAAGAAAAAAUUUUUAUUUAAAUUCAGGUCACAGCCGAACUAAUUCGUAUGAUUCGUAUGCUCAAGCAAUCUCAAAGUAAUGGUUAGAAUAGAUUUCAGAAGAAAGAGAAGAGCAAGAAUCAUAACUAACGUUUUAGAAUAAGCAUCUUAAUAAUGUUUAUAGCUCUUAAAAUUUGAAAAGCGAAAAUAGAUAUAUGAUUAGCAGUAAUAGGAACAGUAUAUGCAAUAACGGGAAUGGAAAUACCACAAGGAGAAGCAGUAUAAGUGGAGGAGAUAAUGAAAAAUCUUUAUCUUCUUUAUAUUCAUAAUAAAAUCAAAAAGGAAUUUAGCCUUCCCAAUAAAACACGCCCUAAAUGUCUGUAGUAGCUCCUUCCGUAGCAUCUUCAUCUACUUAUAUGCCAUAAUAUUCUUUAAAUGUAAUUGAUCCUCAUUUAAAUAACAGUGAAUUUGAGUCCAACAAUUAAUUGUCACCUUUAGACAGGAAAGCAAAUAACGAUCUAUUUAAUCAGCAAAUUCAUAGAAAAAGAAACUAGCAUUACAGGAGUUAAAGUUGCCCUUAUUCCUUUCCUUACUUCAAAUAUAGCUAAAAUUAAACUAACGAAGAAUCAAACUUAUAAAAUGGUCAAAAUAUAAGAGUAAUGACAAUACAUGAAGAAGAGCCUUAUCAUAAUUAUGUAAAUUCUAGCAGUUAUUAACAUAGUAGUAACAAUAGUACUAGGAACAAGUAUAGGUAGCAGCAGCCAUAUAGAUCUAACACAAACUAUAGAUCUGCUUCAGGUGGUGACUAUUCAAUCAGUAAUUUUUACCAAAACACAUCUUAAACACCUACAACAAUUGUUUUGGAGAAAAAACUGUAAUAGAAUACAAAUGCAAAUUUACCCUUCACAAGCACUCCUUUCUGUUUUGAAAAUCCUAGUAUGGGUUAAAAUAAUCAUGCAGCAACUGAUCAAGCUGAUGAAGACUAAUACCUGCAAGAAAGUUUCUACUCACAAGUAUAUGAUGGAGAUCAAAACCACGAAUUUUCAGUUAUCAAAGAUAAAAAUACUGUCAAUGUUUCAAAUAAACCCUCAUUAGAAAAUAAAAUAGAUAGAGAAGAAAUUGAAAGCAAUAAAGAAUGUAAGAAUAACAAGUUAAAGGCUUAGAAUUAAAUUUAGCAAUUGCACUUAUCGUCUUCAGCAUAAAAUAAUUAAAAUACAAGAUACAGAGGUCCUAGCUUAGUAAACGAUUUAGGAAACAAUAGCAAUAGUUGUAGUAUGAAUAUUGUUAAAUCUCUUAAUCAGCUAGACACUGAUCAGGGUUUUAUAUCGUUUAGAAAAGAACACAGCUGCUCUAGCUAAGAAGGAUUUGUAGAAAACUUUAGAAGCAGCCAUAAUAGCAUAGACAUAGAUUUAAAAUAAAAGAUAAAAGAAAACAUUGACAAAAUUUUAAAAAGAUAAGCAAGUAAGAGAUAAAAUAGAUUAAUCCUCAUGCUAAACAAUAUACUAAAUUAAUUUGAAAAGUAUGAUCUAGAUAUGAAUGAUUUUCUACAUUUGCUAUCUAAAAAAUCUAAAUUAAAUAUCAUUUAAAAAGCAAGCUCUUUUUCUCAAAAUGGAUCAUCCUCAGGAAAAAAUCCAUCUAUUCCUUUAAUUUAAUCAUAUUAAGGUUCAACAAAUGCACAUUCUUUUUCAAUAUAAAAUCAUGCAUAGACAAAGGGAUAUUAGAGAAGCAAAAACUUUUGGAGUUAUGAUUUUUCUAAUGCAAGUAAAUCAAUGAUUCCAAGCGACACGAUAUCUGCUUAUAAAAAAGAAUUCGAUGAUGAAAAUAAUUUGAGGAAAGCUAUAAUGGAUGGAUUUUAGAAGAUAUCAUAACAAAAAAAUCUCUAUUCGUCUUAAAUUCUAAGUUAGAUUAAUGAUAAUCCAGCUAAUAGUACUUAAACUUCUUCCUAAUAAAUUAAUUAUCAAUUUAUGUAACCAACAGCUAAAUUUAUAAACGAUUAACACAAUCUUUAGCUACCUUAAAAAAUAUCUGCCGAGACAUUUAAAAAAGUUGCAAUUCCACUAAAUACGGCACCUUCAUCAUUGUAAUAGUUUUAAAAUAAAGAUCUAAGAUUUAACAUAAAUAAAAGUGAUAGUAAAAAUAAAAAUAACAGUAAUAACAAAAAAAAUAAAGAAGUAGAUUAUUCCUCUAAUUUUUAACCUGCAACUCAAAGCAACGUAGGCUCAACAUUUACAUUUAUUGGUAAUCACAAUGAAUCAAAAAAUAUUACAAACCCUCAAAAUGCUAAUAACUAACUACAAAGCAGUAUUCCUAUCAUACAACAUAAAAGUGGUUUCAAUUAAACUCAACUAAACGAAACUAACUAAUAAUACUCUAGCAAUUAAAAUGUUUUAGUUUAACCUCAACAGCAAAAAAAUUUAGAAGCUACUCAAACUUCUUUAUAAGCCAACUAAAAUAAUUAAUAUUAAAAUCAUAAUUAUUCAUUAAAUAACUUAAAAAACUAAACAAAUGGAAAUAACAAUCCUUUAAAUAUAAAAAACUAACAAACUAACCCUAAUAACUAGCUUUCAAAUAAUCUUUAAGGAUUUGGUAAUACCAAUAACUCUAUAAAUAACUCAGCAAGUCAUAAUCUAAAUAAUUUUCUGCUGAAUAGAAUUUCUGAGGAGUGUGAAUCGCCUGCAAAUACAACUUAUAAAUAGCAUUAAGAAUAUUUAAAUUAUGAAAGUGAGCAGUAUUUAACUGGCUCAAAAAGUAAAUACCAUAAAAAAUAAUAGCUGAUGGCUAGUGGAGAAAGUAAUAACACAAGCAGUAAGCCAUUAGAUGAUGGUUCCUCCUCUUAACAAAUAUAAAUUUUAGAUAACCUUUUAUAGAGCAAUGAAAAUCAAAAAACAAAUAAAAUUGAAAACUGUUCAACAUAAAAUCAAUUGCAACAAAUCCCUAGCGAGUAUAAAAUUUAUUAUAACCAAAAUAAUAUUCAUAACAUUUAGGAAUAAAAAGAAAUAUCAUAGAAUUAGAAUACUACUACUAUAUUUAAUUUACUUAACCACACUAUAGCUAAUCCUAAUAAUUUAAAUUAAAGCAACUAACAGAACCCAUCAGCAAAUAAUAGUUGGCUUUCAAGCAGGAGUUAUGAAAUAUUUAUUCCAGAAGAAAAUAAAUUGAAAAGUUAUGCUGAUGCUCAAAUGCUUUCAUUUUCUAAAAUAAAAAAUGCUCCAUCUUCUCACUUAUCAUCUUAAAAAUCAUUAAACGGAGUUAACAACAAUCAAAAUUACAACCAAGACUUCAAUGAUCUCCAAAGCAAUCCUUAAGCAGCAAAUUAAAAUUUUGCUAUUAACCAAGCAAGUAUCUCUAUCACUUCUAUAAAAAGGGUGAAGAGUGGCGAAAAUAGUCCAAAUGAUGAAGAUAAUAUUAGAUUUAAUUAAUCAUAAGAAAUCUAAGAAAACCUUAACAAAAAAGAAUAAAAUCUUCUCAAAAGAAACACAAAUGAAUAGAAUUUUUAAACAGCAAGUCAAAGAUUCGAAUAUAUGAAUGGCUUUUAAAUAAUAUAAAACCUAACAAAGAGCUUAAAUCAGUACUAAAUUAAGAAAGAUUUGCAGUAAGCAGCUUAAAGCUAAUAUCAAUCAGCUUCUUCAAGCUAAACUAAAAGUAAAGAGGGUGUUGAGAAUAUUCACUCCCCUUAUCUAUCGAAAUUUCCUUCUAAAAUAAGUGAAGAGUAGUCAAAAAUGGUUAGUAGCGGAAGCUAUUUUAAUACAAGCAAUAAUAAUUUAAACAUCAAUGUAACUAACCAAAAUAAAAUGAUGUUAUCCUCUAAUUAAUUCAGUAAUGCGUCAUAGCACCUAAACACUUAGAAUGAUAAUUAAAAUAAUGUAAUACAGAGCAUCACGACUGAAAAUACUUUAGAAUAAUACAACUCUACAAAGUAAAAUGUAAUUUCCAAUAAUAAGCAAAAUGUUCAUCUGACGAAUUCUUCUCGAAUAAAUUAAAGUAAUGUAAAUAAUAUGAAUAACAUUUUAAAUUGUUCUAAUUCUAACCAUAACACCCAUAAUCUAAAUAACAAUCAAGUCUGUAGUCAUAGAAGCAGCAGUAAUAGUAACAGUAAUAGCAAUUUGCAUUCUCAUUUUAAUGACAACCAAACAUAUUAGUCUGUAGAGAGAUCAACUGAACCUUAUUUAUAAAUAGAAAUUUAAAUAGAAAGAAAGUAGAAUAAUCAUAAUCUACUUAUUUAAGCAUUAAAAAAUAAGCUCCAGCACACAAACCCAAACAUUUUUGCAGAAAUAGAAGAACAUAUAAGAAUGCGACCUAGCUAUUGUUUCAUAUUAGUACUCUAAGAAGAUCAGUAUGAAAGAGCAGUAAAACAACUAUUAAAUAUUAAAUGA